AUGUUUUACAGCCACGAGAGUAAAUCGCAAUCCCUUCAUACAUGGAUGUGACAAUAACUGAUUACUUUACGUUGUAGUCUUGACGAACCGCAAGUAUGGCGUUGCAACCAUCUGGUCAGUUACAAUCACUUCCUCAAAACGCGCCACUUCUUACUCGCGCCUCCCAUUCAACGCGUCUUGCGAUGAGAUGAUGCCGCUCUCUAUAUAUUCUAUACUAAUUCUGCUUAGGCUUGCCGCGACUAUGGGCUCUAAGUCUGGAAAGAAAUUGAACCGUAAAGCAAUCUGUAACGUCGACCUUCGAAAAGCAUGCGGUACAAUUAUUGAGCCUGAAGCGCCAAUGGCAUUGAGACUAUCAGGUAACCUCCUGUAAGUGCCAAACCAUUCUCGGGUCUUUUUCCAUACUGACACAGGCAGAUUCGGUGCUGUUCGAGUCUACUCUCAACAAUGUGGUUAUGUCCUUCAGGACGCCCAAACUGCCCACACCAAUAUUCGCGCUUUAUUCAAGGUUUCUCGAACAAAGGACCUCGACGCAGAGGAUGCAAACGCUCGGUAAUAUCUUUUCUUAUCGCUAAACAAAUUCUUUUAGCUGAUUCUCCACAGGCCUGAUCAACUUGUGCGCAUGGAUGACCCCCUCUUUCAGUUGGACCAGGCUCUUCCACCAUUGGAUUUUGAUUUCAUGGCUCUGCCAAUCAGUAAUGAUUCUCAACGCUCUACCCAAUCUAUGAUGUCCAUUCGUCGCCGGAGUGGCUCUGUUGACUCUUCUGCGUCCUCCAUGCCUGGUCUCAAUCUACCUUCAUUAAGCAGCAAUGGGGUAUAUCAGCUUCCAUCUGGUGACAUUCUUGGCGUAUCAUCUGCACAAAAACCAUUCUUCGAAGUGGCAGGAGACGAUGAACCGCAAAUCUACCAAGAUGAAAAUCAAAUGGAAGAUUUUGGAUUCAACUUUGGCGCAGAUGGAAAUUUGAUUGAGGCGGAUGAUCCUUUUGUCGAUAUCAGCCGCCCAAUCAACGCUCGUCCUCAGGUAGAACAUGGAAGCGACACAGGUGCUGUGGAACGAGUUCGACAAGAUCACGCAGGGGGUGGAAUAGAUGAUGAUAUUUUCAACCUUCCCGAUUACGGCAAUGACGAUCCAAUCGCUGGGGUAGAUGAUGGAGCGUUACCGGAAAAUGCUGAACCAUUCCCAGAGCGAAACAAUUUCUUCAUGAGUGGCGGCCUUCAACAAAAUGACCAGCACCUACACGGCGACCUUCAAGAUCGUAUCUAUGGCUCUGGUAAACAUCCUUCGUCUACUAUUGAAGAAGAAACAUCGUCCAUUUCAGCUCAGGCCCCCCAGAAGAAGAGUCGUAAGGCUAAGAAACAGAAGCAACAAGCUGCCGACAAAAUAUUAGUUGUGCGUUCUAAACAGCUUCACUUCUGGAGGGACGGAUAUCUCGGUAUGAUGGCCGCUGGAAACAUCCAGAAGAGCCACCAUCGAGCUGCCAUACAGGCGAGGAAGAAUGCCAUGCAUUUCGUAUAUGGAACUGGUCCGUCAAUCUUUCCUUUAGUCUCUGCUCCCAAACACACCCCUCCUUUUAGCGUUCAUAAAAAAUUUUCCUUGAAUCUUUUGGAAGCCACAAACUGACGCCGUAAAAAGGAAUUAUGGGUGUUGGUGAAGGUAUAGGUAUUUCCAAAAUCCCUAGUCCAUUGAGUAUGUUUUCUGGUGCUGCUCUAAUGGCGAAAAUCACUGGCAAUCCACUUCCAAGUCCAGCAAAAGGCUCGAAGCGUCGUCGUGAUGGAGACGAGGAACAAUCAUCCUCCCCAAAGCGCGCUCGCCAUGAAGAUGAAGUUGGCCGUGACUACGAAGACCAAGUCCAAAUGAUGAUUGAUAACGAUAUGCCAGAAGAUUAUCUCAACCACAGUGACAUCGAAAUUGGACGACACGCAUCAUCUGCCCUAGAUAACUAUCCAUCCUCAGCCAUGAUGCCUUGGAAUGUUUCCGCAUCCCGCCAUUCUCACCAACGCGCGCUAUCUUCAAAAGGGCCAGGAUCAGUGCUCGCUGGAUCAGUAGGACACAGACUCACCUCCGCUUCCCCGCUUAUUGGUCGUGGUUCUGCGGUACCUGGAGACCUUGAAGAAUUCGAUAUUCAACAUGAGGAGGAUCUGAUCAUGUACGGCCGCGACGACGAUUCUGAGAUACCAGACGGUCUGCGUGGAUUCGGUGGAUUCCCCAGCUCCUCUCGUGCCGGACCUCUCUUUGAAGAUGCAGAAUUUGAACAAUUCGGUCCAGCAGCUGAGGUGGACACACAAACAGCGGGACAAUCGCAAUGGGUUCGUCAAGCUCUUGAUAAGGAAUCCAAUAAUUUCUUUGAGUACGUUCAAAAUACCAUUCUUGAGCAGCAGGAUGAUGAAUUGAGCUUUCAUGAAAAUCAACAGCCGAAGAAACGAAACAGUUCAGUCACUUUUCAGAAACUGUUUGAGCAUGAGAAGACGACGACAAUUGUCGCAGCUCAGGCUUUUUAUCAUAUUCUCACUUUGGCGACUAGAAAUCGAUUGGCGAUCAUGCAGCAUGAGGCUGAGUUUGAGGAGGAUCUUUGUGGUGACAUUGUGAUUCGUGUUAAGGAGGAGGUGUUUUGAUGGAUGAGAUGAGUGUGUUUGUAUCUUCCUUUCUGAGGCCCAAAAAGGGGGGGACAUAUUUUACAAUUCUUUUCUUUUAUGACGAGAAGGCCGAUACGAUAUACCCAGUUUUUGCUACAACGGGAUGGAAUGAAUGGAUGAAAAUCGGUACGGAACAUAUCUUUUGCUACAUUUAAAUUUGGGAGGAAACGGAAGAGAAAGGAGAUACCCCGAACAACAUCGUUUACAUUGCUUAUUUAACCAGAUAGAGGUUUUCUUGCUAGAAUCAUAAAAAUGGAUGGAUGAUUAAAAG